ACGGGCGAAGAUGUCAGCACUCACCGCUGCAUGCAGCUCGCCACGUUGGAAGAGUUGACGGGUUGAUGCGGUAUAUGUGUCAUUACAAAUUGCAUUAUAAGUUUUAAUUGUUUUGUGGUUUUCAAAUACAUAAAGUUGUCAAGAUGAAGGUAAAGGAGUUGUUAAAGACUGUGAAUGUGGCAUGGUCUCCACAGGCACAGCAUCCCAUAUUAUUGGCUGCUGGGACUGCUGCGCAACAGCUGGAUGCUAGCUUUAGUACUUCCGCUAGUUUAGAUAUUUAUGAACUUGGAUUGCGGCAACCAGGAAGAGAAAUGGAACUCAAAGCCAGCAUCCCUAGUGAGCACAGGUUUCACAAAAUCAUAUGGGGUUCUUAUGGGCAGAAUGCAGCAGGUAUGAUCGUUGGAGGCUGUGAUUAUGGGAUAAUAAAGAUUUAUUCUGCUGCCAAACUCCUUGCCAAUGAUAGUAACUGCCUAAUAAGUAGCCCAGAUAGACAUACAGGCCCAGUUAGGGCUAUGGAUUUUAAUCCUUUCCAAACAAACCUGCUAGCCACAGGAGCAACAGAGAGUGAAAUUUAUAUAUGGGAUGUUGUGAAUACGAGCACUCCGAUGACACCAGGAUCGAAAAGUCAACCCUUAGAAGACGUACAACAUAUAGCAUGGAACAAACAAGUUCAGCAUAUCCUAGCCUCCACAUUCCCACAGCGUUGCGUUAUUUGGGAUCUAAGAAAAAAUGAACCAAUAAUCAAGCUCACUGAUGCUAAUUCCAGGGUACGCUGGAAAGUUGUACAGUGGCAUCCAGAAGUAGCAACACAAUUGUGUCUGGCGUCAGAAGAUGAUCAGUCGCCAGUUAUUGAAUUAUGGGAUUUAAGAUUUGCAACUUCACCACUGAAAACAUUACAGAGUCAUCAGCGAGGAGUUCUCUCAAUAGCUUGGAACCCACAUGAUCCUGAUCUGCUUCUCAGUUGUGGCAAGGACAACAGGAUAUUAUGCUGGAAUCCAAAUUCUGAUGCACCAAAUGGCGAAGUAAUAUGCGAACUGGCGCAAACAAAUCAAUGGAACUUUGACGUAUCUUGGUGCCCACGUCAUCCUGGUCUAAUCGUCGGCACAAGUUUCGACGGCCACGCAGUUGUCUACUCCUUAUUAGGAGGCCAACAACAAACUUCCGUCGAAACGUCUCAAAAAAUAGUUGACUCCUUCCCAGGAAUGGAUCCAUUUUCUCAAGCACCACCAGCAGUGCACCAGGAACCUACAGUACUAUUAAAGAAAGCACCAAAAUGGUUGAAGAGACCAUUCGGAGCAUCCUUUGGAUUUGGUGGCAAACUGACGAUAUUCGAAAACGAACCAGCUGACCCAAAUCUGCCUGCUAAUUCAAACAGGAAAGUAUUCAUUUCCCAAGUUAUCACAGACCCAGAUCUGAUUCAGCGUUCCAAUGAGUUGGAAACUGCGCUGAAAAACGAGCAAUAUAAUGACUAUUGCAAAGGCAAAGCUGAUAACGCAACUGAUGAGCAUGACAGAAGAGUAUGGAACUGCGUGGGUGCUUAUUUUAGUGGAAACGUCACUAGGGAACUACUAGAACUUCUGGGUUAUGAUCCUGAAGCAAUGACAAAUAAGCUGAAUCAAUACGUUCCUCAGCAGGACGUCGACACCAUUACGGAUGGACUGGCUAAAUUAGAUAGCGUCCCAAAUGGAAAUAUUCUAGACGGAAGCGCAGCGUUCGACGCCAUUGCACAACAAGAACAUAACAGGAAAUCUCCUGCGCCUGCGAAGCUCACAGAACACAGUUUUAAAAUUAACACUUCGGAUGAUGAGGAUGGACUUAUUACGCAAGCGAUUCUAUUGGGCAAUAUUGAAGCAGCUGUAUCUUUAUGUUUCUCGAGUAAGAGAUAUGCGGAUGCCGUAAUUCUUUCUAUGACUGGAGGACCAGAGUUACUUGCCCGGACGCAAUAUAGGUACUUUUCGGAGCACUCUGGUGCUCUCAAUUCUUUAAUUAAUUCACUAGUGAGCGAGGAUUGGGCUGACAUAGUUAAGAAUUGUGACAUUAAUUGCUGGAAAGAAGCACUGGUCGGUGUCUUCACGCAUUCCAAUGCGGAGGAACGUUCUGCGCUUUGUGACAUGCUGGGUGACCGACUAGCAUCUAGCGACAAUCCUAAUCUGAAAAGGCAAGCACAAAUUUGCUACAUCUGUUCAGGCAAUCUUAAUAAAACAAUAGAAGCGUCUAAGGGGAGUAUUCAAGAAAAUGUAGAGUUAGUAACAAUAAUGCAAAAAGCACUGGAGCUCCAAGGUAUAAGGGAGAUAAGAAUAGAAGGAAACAUAGCAACAACAUUGUCACAAUACGCUGAAAUGUUAGCAGCUGAAGGAAAUCUGGAGGCUGCUCUAAAUUAUUUGGAAAACAGUCAAGAAGAAAAAAUAGUUGCAUUAAAAGAUCGUCUCUGCAGAGCAUUAGGUUACAUUCAGGAAGAACCGCAACGAGUAUUGCCCAGAGGAUCAAUUACUCAAAAUUAUUAUGAUCAAUCAAGAAAGCCACAACAAGCACUGCCAAAUCCUUACAAUCCACUACCGACAACGCCAGCUUCAAACUGGAAUACAGCACCAACGAAACAACCGUACAAUCCCAUGAAUCAAUAUAACUCUCCAAAACCAGAACCAUAUGGAAUGAAACCUGUUCAACCAUUACAACCAGCAUAUUCAGAUCAAUAUCCUUCAUCUAAUUAUGGACAAAUACCAGCUGCUCAACCAGCUCUACCGCCACCAACUGCAGCAUCUGGAUCAAGUUUGAGUGGCUCAAGACCAUCCAGCGUUGGACCGCAGUCAAGAUCGAAAUACAUCCUUGAUCCGUCCGUUAAAUCUAGCCCAGCAUACGGCGUUCAAUCAACGUUCUCUCAGCAAUCACAUUUGUACAAUUCCCAGCAAGUUUCACCAGUUCCUGGCUUCCCAGUACAAGCUUCUUAUCAAUCGCCUAUGUCUGCAAGUUCCUCCUAUCCUGGUCAGCCGCAAAAUACUAUGUUCAGUCCAGCAGCAUCAGAACUUACAAAACCGGUUCAACCUAAUAUCAUGACAUCGAUGACAAAUUCUACACAGAAUCAGAUGUACAAUCCUGUCAUGUCUCAACCAUUGGCACAAACACAGUCACAGCAACAAAACUAUGGGAAUGAUGAUGUGUAUCAACCAACUUCUCAACCAUCCGGAUGGAAUGAUCCACCUGUUGGAAAGUGCAGCAGAGCACAGGCAAAGACCGAAUUCCAGCCACAAAAUGCAAUUUUUCAUCCUCUAUUGGGGGCAGCACCUCAACCCGAAGUUAAUAUGAUGCCACAGGAAGCUUAUUAUCAGGACUCUCAAAUGUCAUACAAUUCGCCGCAACAGUACGGUCAAAUCAUUUCCAAUUCUCCAGCUGCCUACAACAAACCCAUAGAACAACUACAACCCAUGCAACCGGUACAACCAGCUCAAAUCGUACGAGCACCAGAACCCGAGAAACCAAAAGCACCAAUCCCAGACGAGCACAUCCACUUGAAGACAGUACUGGAUGAACUAAAAGCACAGUGUUAUGAAAAUGCUCAAAAUCCGCAAAUUAAAAGAAAGAUAGACGAUGUUACCAGAAAGCUCGAGGUUCUUUACGAUUGUCUUAGGGAAAAUAAGCUAUCUCAAAGUACUUUAGAAGGACUUCAUCAGAUAUCUCAAAUGAUACAAACUGGAAAUUAUACAGGUGGAUUGAAUCUGCAUACGCAACUUGUAUCUGGACCAGAUUUCAGUCAAAUCGCUUCAUUCAUGCCUGGUAUUAAAGUAUUACUGCAGAGUGCACUACAGUUAGGAGUUUACAUUAGGUAGAAUGUGUAACGCAUGAGAGCUCAAGUUUCUAUCGCUCACGCGAUUCAAGCGAUUUACAUAGUACACAAAAAGCAUUUCGAAUAUAGUAUUGGGAUAUUUUGAGAUCUUAUCAAUCAACUACUAAUUUUUGUACGACCAGUAGUAGUCGCUUUGUCAAUGUCUUGGACAUCCGCGUAGUACCUAUUGAUUUCUGUGCAUGAAACAAAAGGAAAACUAGUAGCAAUCACGUUGCGUUUCUGAUGGAAUAUUGCAAGGUGUACAAAAAAUUAUAAAUACAUAUACGCAUAAUCGAUGAACAGGAGGUAUCGUAAGGGAAGACAGAAAAAGAUGCAAUUACAGAAAUAGAAGAAGCUUUCAUAAGCCACUCGUGUAAAUAGGAAAUUAAAAUUGAAUUUUGAAAAACGAA